AUGUAUGAUAAAGUUGUUCUCUGUCCAAAUCAAAUCAGUCAGAAUCAGUUACUUCAACUUAAUGAGGAGAGCAUUGAAAUACCCCGUGAACAUCUACCUGAUCCAGAAACUGAAAAUCUUCCAUCGAGCGUCAGUUUUCGCCAAGAAUCAACGGCCGAAUUGGAAAAGCAUUGGACUGAUACAGGAAUUGAUCGCAUACAUUUAAACCGUCCAAGACCACCGCGUGCGAAAACGAAAGGGAAAGUAAUUGUUGUAAAGCAGAGAACAAACGCGGCAGGUCCGUCAUGUACUAGGGAUGAUGAAGUGAUAAAACGCUUCCUGCAAAUCCCAAAAUUUUAUCCGAUUUUGAAAAGUUCAUUGAAUCAGCCAGGUUUACGUGAUCCGCCGGAGACAAUACUCAAAAUUAAUGCUCUUCCAAUAUUGAAAUUUGCUUAUCGUUUACAAGAGCAUUUGUCAAGGUGUGCUAAUACUGUAGUUAUGGAACAGGAAUCGUUGGGAAAUUCGAUGAAAGAUAUGGAUCGCGACAUUGCACUUUUGUUAUUACAGUUUAAUGAUCGAAAGAGAUCGAUGGAUCGUUUUCAGAAUUAUUUAGAAAAAAUUAGUGAUUUGCAAGCGCAUGUUUCGAAUUUGCGACAAUCAUACUCUCUGGAUGAUCUGCUGAAUGCUAUGAGCUUGGAAGUGCUUAGAAGUGCUCGAAGUGUCCAUGUUGCAUUUCUUUUCCAAGAUCUAAUGUCAGCGGUUGAGACUCUGAAUGAGAUUCUGCCGGAACAAAAGCGAUUGCCAGCACUGGAUAUCGAUUAUCUUGUAAAUGGUACACGAAGUUCAUUAGAUGGGAAGCAUAAUAAGAUUAUUCGAGAAAUUGAAAGUAAUACCUGUUCAGUAGACAGUAAUCAAGAUGAUUUGCAUAUCAAACCUGUUGACGAAGUGGCCGUAGUUGACAAAAAUAAUACUUGA